AGUGCGUGCGUUAAAUUAAAUUCGGCAUUAGCGUUUGAGUUUUGACGUUUCCAACUUUUAACUUCCGUCAUGAAACCGUCUAAUUUGGAGAAAUGCCAAAUUUCGCAAACAGCAAAAUCAGAUGUUUUUAGGAAAUUUCAAUUUUGUUGAAUUAUUUAUUUAAAAUCAUGCAUUGGACUUAGAAUGAAGCGUUUUACAGAGAAAGUGCACCAUGAGCAACAAAAGGAAGUGGUAUGGAUAAUGCAAGAGAGGCAUGUUGGACGACCUGAGCUAGUGUCAGAAAAGCGGAAAUCAAUUGCGGAACAGGAAGAUGAUUCUUUUAAAACGCCUAUUGUGUACUCCAAACGCUAUGGCGUGCGAUUUUGUGGCAUGGAAAAGUUGCAUCCCUUCGAUGCCGCUAAAGGUGGACAUGUACUCAAGUUUUUGUUGCAAACUAAUAUUUUGCAAGCCGGCCGUUUUUAUGAACCAACCGAGAUCACAAAACAAGAUUUACAAAAAGUGCAUACGCGUAAAUAUUUAAGAAGUUUGAAGUGGAGCUUAAAUGCCGCUAAGAUUUCAGAAAUCCCUUUAUUACUUUUUGUACCAAAUACAUUUGUACAACGCGGCUAUUUGCGUCCAAUGCGUUUCCAAACAGCUGGUUCCAUACUCGCCGGAAGUUUAGCAUUACGUUACGGUUGGGCCAUCAAUUUGGGUGGUGGAUUUCAUCAUUGUUGUGCCUAUAAAGGUGGCGGAUUCUGUCCAUAUGCUGAUAUUACUUUGCUUAUAACAAAAACAUUUGAAGAAGAACGUAACGUCGAAACUGCUAUGAUUGUGGACUUAGAUGCGCAUCAAGGAAAUGGACAUGAACGGGAUUUUUAUGAAAAUAAUAACGUUUACAUAUUGGAUAUGUACAAUGCCUCAAUAUAUCCCCGUGAUCAUGAGGCCAAGUUAGCGAUAAGUUGUGCUGUGGAAUUGAGGCCUCGAACGGCCGAUGAAACGUACCUGAAGAAAUUAAGAAGGUCCUUAACUUACUCUUUAAACGAGUUUCGUCCUGAUUUAUUGGUAUAUAAUGCUGGAACGGACAUAUUACUUGGUGAUCCUUUGGGAUUACUUUCAAUAACGCCAGAGGGAGUUGUGGCACGUGACCAAUUUGUUUUUGCAACCUGUCGCGAACAACGUAUACCAAUUGUAAUGCUGCUUAGUGGCGGCUAUUUAAAGUCGUCUGCAAAAGUAAUUGCCGAAUCUAUUGUUAAUUUGAAAGCCAAAGGUUUGCUUGCUUGCUGAAAGCACCACAAGUAUUUGUAUUAAAAUUCUCAGUUUUUUUUUUAUCAAAAUUGAGUUAAAUUUGUUUGAAAAGACUUUGGUGUUAUUAAAGAAAUUGCCAUUUGUUGUUUUUCAUUACAAUAUAUGUAUGUAUAUGAAGUGCAUAAAGAAAUUAUAAAAUGAGGUGUUCCUGCAAGUGAAUGUUAUUACAGAAAUUUGCUUAAAUUUGUCUAAAUAAAUUUGAAAUCUUAUAGAUUUAAACAUUUAUAUUAUAUACAAAUAGUAACUUAUCGUAAACCAAUUUGUGAUGUAAUUAGCGUAAAUGCAAUUUGACA